AUGAUUGUAAUUUUCCUAACUACGGCAGCCCAAGUCUUGGGGGCAUCGCGCACGAGAGCAAACCCAUUUGCUAGAAGGCAGCGUCUAGAAAGAAACGAGCAUUUCACUGGCGUUGCCAACACGACUGCUUCCAUCUCCAAAUCCACGCACCACAAGGUACAAUUUAUCGAGCUUCGUACCGACCAUAAAGCUGCCCUGCUGGGAUGCUUGCCAACACCAAGUGCAAGAAGUGGAAGCGGAGUCUUUUUUUACGAGCAUGGCGGAAUACUGAGACUUGUCUCAGAGUCACUGGAGUGA